GACCCACGUCCUCCCAUCCUUCCACCUUCCUUCCAUAGCCGCCACUUAAACACUAGCUUUGCCUAUAUAAUCGCCUUUUCCUAUUUCACCCAGAGAAGGGAAAAUAUUCUAUCAACAGAUCCCAGACUAGUUCUAACCUACGGCCGCACGUUAGCACAUGGCAGUAGUUCGAGACCGCCGUCAGUUAAACCUACGCCUUCCCUUACCAGAACUCUCCGAACGCCGCCCAAGAUUCACCUUACCGCUCCCACCCACUACCAAUUCCUCUGCCGCCGCCGCCACCGACCUUGAAAAGCUCCAAGUCCUCGGCCACGGGAAUGGCGGUACAGUCUAUAAAGUCCGCCAGAAGCGCAGUGGUGUCGCUUAUGCCCUCAAAGUAGUCCACGGCGACAGCGACCCAACAGUCCGCCGGCAGAUUUUCCGGGAAAUGGAAAUCCUGCGUCGCACAGACUCACCGUACAUCGUCCACUGCCACGGCAUAUUAGAUGAAUCAUGCGGCGAUAUAGCUAUUCUCAUGGAGUACAUGGACGCCGGCACUCUCGAUUCCCUCCUCAAGACAAAUGGCACUCUCUCUGAAACUUCACUUUCCAACAUAGCACGUCAAGUUCUCAAUGGUCUCACCUAUCUCCACACACACAAAAUAAUUCACAGAGAUAUAAAGCCAUCAAAUCUUCUGGUAAACCACAACAUGGAAGUGAAGAUAUCAGAUUUUGGGGUCAGCAAGAUCAUGUAUCGUACUUUAGACCCAUGCAAUUCCUACGUUGGUACGUGUGCUUACAUGAGUCCAGAAAGGUUUGAUCCUGAUUCGCAUGGUGGGAAUUAUAAUGGGUAUGCUGGAGAUAUUUGGAGCUUAGGGUUGACGAUGUUGGAGCUGUACAUGGGUCACUUUCCGUUAAUGCCGCCGGGACAGAGACCUGACUGGGCCACACUAAUGUGCGCCAUAUGCUUUGGAGAGCCGCCAAGUUUACCGGAAGGUGUUUCGGAAGAGUUUCGGAGUUUUAUAGAGUGUUGUUUGCAGAAAGACUCUACCAAGAGGUGGACAGCGUCGCAGUUGCUGUCACAUCCUUUUGUGUGUAGUGACGCGAAGUCUCAGAAAUGAACUGAUUUGGGCUGAAAAUCCUAUAAGACUCGCCGGAAAGUUGUUCUGCCGGUCAUUAGAUCUGAGCAGGGAUGCAUCAAGAUUGGGGAUUCGGACUUCGGAGAGAGAAAUUUGGGAACGAAUUUUUUGAAAUUGCAGGAAUUAUUUCAUAUUUUCGAAUCUUUGAUGAAACGAACAGUUGGAUCUGACAAUAUUCCAGAAUUUCUUGUACAUGAAGGAAUUUCUUUCCUCCUCCUCGCCCUUUUGGGUACAUGUAUAUUCUUCCCUUUAAUAUCCGAAUAUUCUAAAAGAUGCUCCAAUUCAACAGCAAUUCCGCAGUCGAAUUCAGGAGAGUUAGUCAAAUAUAGUAAUUGUUUUUUUUUUUUUU